UGCUGUGAUUUGUGGUGAUUUUUUGUUUUGGUGGCUGCAUGCUGCUGUGGUGAUAAUUUAUUUUGCCAAUUUUUCGUUUCAAUUUAAUUUUGAAACAGAAAAAAUGUUAGGGAAUCUUAAAGAAUUCAUAUCAGUAGUUCAAGACGGUUUAACAUAUAACAAUAAUUUACGACAAACGCUACAAGAAGUCCAGAAAGUCAAAAACAUUUUUCGAGACAAGCAAAAAGUUUCAAGUGAGAGCAAAGUGAAUUAUGGAGCUGGUGGGGCUUUGCUAGCGAAAUAUCAACAGGAAUGGAGUGAAAUACACGAAAACGCGGACAGAAAUGCCAAAGCUGCUGACGAAGUCGAUAAGUUAAUCACGGAAUUGUAUGAAACGACGAAAACAAGACUGCAAAGUGCUACAGAGUUGGCGCAUAAUUUAGCACAUUUACCAAACUUAACUGUAACUGUAGCACAGUGUGUGGAUAGUUUGAAGAACGUACAAACCCUUUUGAGCGAUGUUGAGAACCAGUUGGUGGAAUUCGAGGAUAUUAUCGAGAGAAGUAACUUGGAAAAGUGGAAAUUGGAUCACCAUUACCAGUUGACAUUAUACAAAGAAAAGAAAAUGGCUGGUUUAGAAGAGAUUCGUAAUAAACUUUCCAAAGAAAACCUUGAAAAGAACAGCAUACUAGAAAGGCAACAGCUCGCAGAAUUACAAACAAAAAGAGAGAACAGUGCAGCUGCUUUCCAAAGUGACAUAGCCAAGUACUUAGCCAGCGGCAAUGUACCUGUCGUCCCAUCAACACCACCAAAAGUGACCCUAGAGCAAAUACAGCUAGAAAAUGACAACACAGACCUGGAGAAAUUUCUAGAAAGCUGAUCAACAGAGAACCGACUUAUAGAUGGUGAUAUGAGUAAAUACAGAGCUUUUAUAUUAUUGUAGUUUGUAUAAUAUGAUAAGAUGUUAUAUUUCCAAGUUAAUUAUUAUUAAAUAAAGUUGAUUGUAACUUUGUU